GUCCUUACAUUGGAUGGUUGUUUAGCUUUUCUAUAAUGAAUAGUACAAUUGAUUUGACAUUUGUUUUACUCCGUCCUCUAAACAAAAAUUUGUGCUCUUAAUGAUGCAGCAGACACCAUGCUCUAAGAAACCGACUUGAAGAGGUACCUUAGUUGCUUAAGUUCUCUGAACUUGCUUUGCUUUGCUUUUUAGCAACUUGCUUGAGGUACAUUCCAGAGCUUGUUCACUGAUAGAGAUGGCAACAGUCCCAGAGUUGAAGCGGAAGACCUGUAUCUACGUUUUUCACCGGGAGCCUUUAACGCCUCUGAUUGAGUUGGGCAGUCUUGUGACCAGUGAUCGUCUAGGGGGGUUCGUGAACCAGUAUGGGGAUAUCCUGACAGUGUUGAAGACAGUAGUUGACCCGGUGCCGUUGCAGACACUUCUUCAGUUCUAUGACCCGGAGCUUAGAUGUUUCACGUUCCAAGAUUACCAGUUAGCACCUACUCUCGAGGAGUAUUCUAUAUUGUUGAGCAUCCCGAUUCAGCAUCAGGUUCCUUUCUUGGACGUACCAAAGGAGGUUGACUUUAAGGUUGUUGCCAGAGCUCUCCGGUUGAGUGUUAAGGAAGUUUGUGAUAAUUGGAAGCCCAGUGGGGGAGUCGUGGGUCUGCCGUUGAAGUUUCUUCUGAGAAUAGCCAGAGUUGAAGCAGAAAAGGGAAUUGGGAAGUUUUUCACGCACAGCUAGCUGCCAUGAUCUAUGGGAUCAUCCUAUUUCCCAGUAUGCCAAAUUUCAUUGACUUCACUGCUAUCAGCAUUUUCAUCAGAGGGAAUCCAAUCCCUACUCUUCUAGCUGAUACUUACUAUGCCAUCCACAGUAGGCAUGGUAGGGGUGGAGCCAUCAGGUGCUGUCUACCUCUCCUAUUCAAAUGGUUCAUGUCUCUUCUGCCAGCCAGUGGACCGUUUGUGGAUACCCAGAGCACUCUGAAGUGGACUCAGAGGAUCAUGUCGCUCACAUCUUAUGACAUCAGAUGGCAAUCUUACCGGAUGAAUGUGAAGAAUGUUAUUAUGAGCUGUGGAGAAUUCCGGAAUGUGCCACUCGUGGGGACCAAGGGUUGUAUAAAUUAUAAUCCAGUUCUUUCUCUUCGCCAGUUAGGUUUUGUUAUGAGUAGAAGACCACGUGAAGCUGAGAUAGCUGAGAGUGUGUACUUUGAGAAGAAGGAUGACCCUGUUAGGUUGGAGCAGAUUGGGAGAGCUUGGAAGUCCAUUGGCGUCAGAGAUGGAUCCGUCUUGGGGAAGAAAUUUGCCAUAGCCAUGCCUGAUUACACUGAUUGGGUCAAGAAGAGAGUAGAAAUUUUGUUAUUACCCUACGAUAGGAUGGAACCGUUGCAAGAGCAACCACCCUUGAUUCUUGCUGAUAGUGUGCCUGCUGAGCACUAUAAGCAAGCUCUGAUGGAGAGUCGUCGGUUGAGGGAGAAGGAGCAAGACACCCAUAUGGAGCUGUACAAAGCCAAAGCCGAUAGAUUGAACUUGGCCCAUCAACUCAGGGAGGUGCAAGGAGAAGAUGCUAGCAGAGCAAGGAGCAAGAAGAGAUCCUACGAGGAGAUGGAGAGUAUGUUAGAUGCAGAACACCGGGAGCGCUUGAGGCUGCAGAGGGUUGAGGCCAGCUAUCAGAAGAAGAUCAGAGACUUGGAGAAGCAACUCAGAGAUAAAGACAUCCAGUUGAAGAAGGAAGUAGACUUGAGACAGGCAUCAGAGGACCACCUUGGAGGAGAAGUCUUGGAGCUGAGAAGACAGUUGAAAGAGAAGAUCACUCCUUUACCAGAUUGCUCAGAAUGUUCGCUGUUGAUAGACCAGUGUCAUUACCUGAAGACCCUCAUUCCGGAAGACCGUCUGUCUUAGUUUGUAUCUCUGAUUGUAUUUUGUUGAGAAUCACCUCCAGGCUUGUUGGAUGGGAUUCAUUUGCGUGUAAGCCAUCUCUUGGAUCUUUUUGUUGAGAAUCACCUCCAGGCUUGUUGGAUGGGAUUCUUUUUCUUUGUACGUUGUUUACUCAGAUAUUCUGUCGACAUUGGUUGUAUGCCUUUGUACCCUUAUGUAUAUGUAAGGAUGUCAGCAUUGCCCUGUAUCUGUUUGCUCUCUUGUUGCUGCAGGUUGCCAUCUUUUCAGGAUGGGUCAGGCUCUUUGAAUGCCUGAGAAAUGAGCAUAUCAUGUGCAUCAUACGCAUCAUUAGCAUCAUACUCAUAUCAUUUUGCAUAACAGGUGUUCUUGGUCGUGACUUCUCACUCUUGGUUCCUGUUCAGGCAGGAUAGCUGAUCAACGUCCGCACCGCUACUCAACAAGACUGAAUCAACAGAGAAGUAUGGAUCAAUUUCAAGCUGAGUUGGCUGAGAUGAAGGCUAGCAUGGCCCAGUUUAUGAAUAUGAUGCAAGGGGUUGCGCAAGGUCAAGAAGAACUUCGAGCUAUGGUUCAGAGACAAGAGGCUGCGAAUCCACCGAUCAACCAUGCUCCGCCAGAGGGAGGCCCGGUCAAUGAUAACAAUGUUGCUGCUGCUGUACCCGUCAACAACUAUGCUGUAGGUGAUGAGUUAGGGGGUAUUCGAAUCAAUGGUCAACCUAUUGUUCCAGAUGCCGCUAAUGCCAGAGUAGUCCGUGCUCCGGCCCGUAAUCCUGCUACGAUUAUGGACAGACAAGAGGAUAUGUUCUCUCUGCUCAGUGAAGACGAAGACGUUCUGGGAAGGGUUAAUGAGAGAGACCGCAAAGUUGAGGCUCUUGCUGAGAAGAUCCGUGCUAUGGAAAGUCAGAAUUCUCUUGGUUUUGAUGUUACUAAUAUGGGAUUGGUUGAAGGUUUGAGAAUCCCUCACAAGUUCAAAGCACCGUCCUUCGACAAAUACAACGGUACUUCUUGCCCUCGCACCCAUGUGCAGGCUUACUACAGGAAAAUCUCUGCGUAUACCGAUGAUGAAAAGAUGUGGAUGUAUUUUUUCCAAGAUAGUCUAUCUGGGGCUUCUUUGGACUGGUACAUGGAAUUGAAGAGAGAUUCUAUCCGCUGUUGGAGGGAUCUGGGUGAGGCCUUCUUGAGGCAGUAUAAACACAACAUGGACAUGGCACCGAGCCGGACUCAGCUGCAGAGUCUUUGUCAGAAAUCCGGAGAAAGCUUCAAGGAGUAUGCCCAGAGGUGGCGUGAGCUGGCCGCUAGAGUUCAACCCCCUAUGCUGGAGAGGGAGUUGACAGAUAUGUUUAUUGGUACUCUUCAAGGUGUGUUUAUGGACCGGAUGGGGAGCUGCCCGUUCGGUAGUUUUUCUGAUGUUGUCAUUUGUGGAGAAAGGACUGAGAGUCUAAUCAAAGCUGGUAGGAUCCAUGACGCUGGUUCCUCGUCUUCAUUAAAGAAACCCUUCUCUGGGGCACCUCGCCGUAGAGAAGGAGAGACCAAUGCUGUACAGCACAGAGGGGGUGUGUACAGAACAAAUGCUAACAGAGAUCAAUAUCGUCCAGUAGCUGCAGUAACUAUUCCGGCACCUCAACCUCGUCAACAACAACAACCAAGAGUUCAACAACCGCAACAACAACAACAACAGCAACGUCCUUAUCAGCCCAGACAGAAAUUGCAGGCUGAUAGAAGAUUUGAUCCUCUGCCCAUGUCUUACACAGAGUUAUUACCCGAACUACUCAAGUUGGGGAUGAUUGAGUUGCGUACAAUGGCUCCGCCUACGGUGCUGCCUCCUGGUUAUGAUGCAAACGCCCGUUGUGACUUUCACUCUGGGGCGCCAGGCCACCAUACCGAGAAGUGUCGAGCUCUCCAGCACAAGGUUCAAGAUUUGAUCGAUGCCAAGGCAAUCAACUUCGCUCCAGUGCCUAACGUCGUAAACAACCCUAUGCCUCAGCAUGGUGGGCAUAGAGUGAACAAUAUUGAGGGGAAAGAAGCGGAAGAUCUGGUUGUUAAUGUUGAUGAUGUUCAGACUUCUCUGCUAGUUGUGAAGGGUCGUCUGCUGAAUGGGGGUGUCUACCCGGGCUGUGAUGAAAAUUGUUUGGGCUGUGCAGAAUCUGAGAAUGGUUGCGACCAGUUGAGGACCGGUAUCCAGGGUAUGAUGGAUGAGGGUUGUUUGCAAUUCAGUAGGGCUGUAAAAGAUCGUGGAACAGCGUCAACUAUCACCAUUUACUUUAAACCGUCUGAAGAACGUGGACAAAGGGUCGUCAAUGCACCUGCAACAAAUGGUACCCCAGUUACCAUCCCCGUGCCUGUAACCAUCAGUGUUCCAACUACUAUCGUUGCGCCUGGAAGAAGGGCUGUUGAGAAUAGUAAAGCCGUGCCGUGGAAGUAUGAUAAUGCUCACCGCAGUUACAGAAGGGCUGAAAGUCAGACAAGACCAGUGAAUCAAACUCCAGUGACAAUUGGUUUACCGAAUAGAGUUCCUGCAACUGUUGGUCCGGCUGUGGAUAAUGUAGGAGGUCCAGGAGGUUUUACCAGAAGCGGUCGUCUGUUUGCACCGCAGCCUUUGAGGGACAAUAAUGCUGAAGCUCUCGCCAAAGCAAAAGGUAAGCAAGCUGUGGUUGAGGAAGAACCUAUUCAGAAAGAAGCGCCCGAGGGGUCAUUUGAGAAGGACGUGGAGGAGUUUAUGAAGAUAAUCAAGAAGAGUGACUACAAGAUUGUAGACCAGUUGAAUCAAACUCCGUCCAAGAUUUCUAUACUUUCACUGUUGUUGUGCUCUGAGGCACACCGUAACGCCUUGUUGAAGAUGUUGAAUUUGGCUUACGUACCUCAGGAGAUUUCUGUCAAUCAACUGGAGGGUGUGAUGGCCAAUGUGAGCACCAGGCAUGGUGUAGGUUUCACCAACUUGGACUUACCGCCUGAAGGGAGAAACCAUAACAAAGCCUUGCACAUCACCAUGGAGUGCAAGGGGGCAGUGUUGUCUCACGUAUUGGUAGACACCGGGUCGUCGCUGAAUGUGUUGCCUAAGCAGAUUCUGAGGAAGAUUGAUGCGGAAGGGUUUGUGCUUAAUCCCAGUGACCUGAUCGUUCGUGCUUUCGACGGAUCCAAACGUUCUGUGUGUGGAGAAGUUACCUUGCCUGUGAAGAUAGGUCCUGAGGUAUUCAAUAUCAUCUUCUAUGUUAUGGACAUCCAGCCCGCCUAUAGCUGUUUGUUGGGGCGCCCAUGGAUUCAUGCAGCAGGGGCAGUCUCGUCGACUCUCCAUCAAAAGCUCAAGUAUGUCUGGAACGGUCAGAUUGUGACUGUGUGCGGUGAAGAAGAGAUUCUGGUGAGUCAUCUAUCCUCGUUCAAAUAUGUUGAGGUGGAUGGCGAGAUCCACGAAACUUUAUGCCAGGCGUUUGAGACUGUGGCUCUUGAGAAAGUGGCGUACGCUGAGCAGAGAAAACCAGGUGUUUCAAUUACUUCUUACAAGCAGGCUAAGGAGGUCGUUGACUCUGGCAAGACUGAAGGCUGGGGCAAGAUGGUGGAUUUGCCGGUUAGAGAAGACAAAUUUGGUGUUGGUUAUGAGCCUCUCCAAGCAGAGCAGAAUGGUCAAGCGGGUCCGAGUACCUUUACCAGCGCUGGGCUGAUGAAUCAUGGCGACAUUUCUGCAACCGGUAGUGAAGACUGUGACAGUGAUUUUGAUUUGGACAACUGGGUUCGCCCGUGUGCGCCAGGGGGGUCUAUCAACAACUGGACGGCUGAAGAAGUGGUUCAAGUUACUCUUCUGACAGAGUAAUUUUCUGUUGUUUUGUCAUUUUGCAUGAAAAUCCUACGUUCUGCCCAAGGCGUAGUGAUUCAUUUUUGUAGGGCCUCAUCAUGUUUUAAUGAUUAUCA